ACCUAAGUCUUCAACUUCGGUUCGAUAAGUACUUGUUUCGUAACAGGGCAAGAUUUUCAGGAGCUGUUCUGUAAUAAACGUGAGAACGAAUUAAGAAGAUGUAUCACCAACUCAGCAAAGUUACCGGCAGGCUGGUCUCUGCGACCCAUUUACAGAGUCCACUGUUUCCAGUUGCACCCAUCGCCUUGCAACGAGUGGAAGUACCGCAAAUCCAAUACAACACGUCUCAUAUGUCCACUGUGACUGAGGCCUGCGCGGCUCCUAGUUCUCAGAAACUCAUCCCUGGAACCAACGUUCCCUAUGCUCCUGUCCCUGAGUCGAUCAAGAGGAAACAAGAACUUUUCCAGAAACACAAUGAUGUCCCAGUGUUCCUGAAAGGUGGUCCAUUUGACGGUAUCCUGUACCGCUUUACGAUGGCCCUGUGCAUUCUCGGCUUGGGCGGUAUUGCACACACUGUCUACAAACAUGCAGUCCCCAAGAAGAACUAAAUGUUUCUUGCAUUAUUAUAAUUUAAAUGUUAGAUGCAAUCAUUGUGUUAUAGUGUUUCCUUGUAAGCUGGAAUAAAGAAUUUAACCUUAAAA